AUGAAACCAUUUGAAGAGGAGUUUUUGAAGGAGCAGAAAAUUGAUGACAAGAAGAAACAACCGCAGAAGAAAAUGACCAAAAAAGAUCGUCCAAAAUUGAUCGAAGGGAGCGAAGUGCGAUGCAUUGAUGGAAUGUGA